AUGUUGGAAGCUAAGACUUUGAAGGUGCUGCUCGUGGGUCCGUCAUCGCAACUAAGGAUUUUGGCAGAAAGCACUGAAGAUGAUGAUAUUUUGAAGAUGCAGUACCUUAAGGAAUUCAGACUGUGCGCUUUUAAAGCGGUGCUAUUGAAUACUUGGACCAACAGCCUGAAAUGCAGCAAUUCAAUGAAGGGCAUUGAGGACUGGAACUUGGCACGGUGA